UCAUAAUUCAAGCUAAUAUGUGUGAAGACGAAAGCAUUUUACAAACCUUUUACUUUCAUUGUGCUCACAAAACACGCAUGUAUUAACACCAAUUGCAGUUGAAAAAGCAACAAGAACACUAUAAACAACACCGUUUUGGCUCUGGCUCGGCACACACUCUUCUUUUCACCCCAAUUCUCCCUGCUAUCUAUUUUUCCUCCUUUCCACAACGCACUCCUACCCACCGAAAAGUUGCUUUGGUAGCACAUACGUACCCUUAAAAGACUGAAGAAAAUCAAAAAGCAAUGUCGGAUCUCUUUACCACUUUCGAUAGCAACGGCGACGCCGAGCACAAUACCUACAACACGUCCAAAAGCGGCCAUCGCGACAUCCCAAUGGCCUCGCCAUCUCAGCACAGUCCCAUGACGAACAACAGCAACUCAUCUUCACAAAACGGUGGCAUAACCGCGGGCACAGCAACUGGUUCAGGUGGUGGUAGUGGGAAGUCAUCCAAUCAUGCUGGCUCAUCCGGUGCUGAAAACACACCAAUGCUGACAAAACCACGUCUUACCGAAUUGGUUAGGGAAGUGGACACCACCACGCAAUUGGACGAAGACGUAGAGGAACUAUUGCUUCAAAUAAUAGAUGAUUUUGUCGAGGACACGGUAAAGUCAACGAGCGCAUUUGCAAAGCACAGAAAGUCGAACAAAAUUGAGGUGCGGGAUGUUCAGUUGCAUUUCGAGCGAAAGUACAACAUGUGGAUUCCCGGAUUCGGUACAGAUGAACUGCGACCGUAUAAACGCGCCGCAGUUACAGAAGCGCAUAAGCAGCGUUUGGCCCUAAUUAGGAAAACAAUUAAGAAGUACUAGACCAGUAGUUUCCCGGAUUUCGUUGCAUGCUCCAAACAUGUCACCAAUUUUUUUUAAGCUCACAAUUAGUUUAAGAAAAAAGUUGAUCCCGCUCUAACAUAUAAUAACAAAAUAAAAGCGCAUUCAUGAUUUUAGUA